UCUGCGGGAUAUAGAGGACCUCACAGUCACGAGGUCGCGACGGUCCGUGCCGUCGUGGAGACAAGCGGGACACGGAGAGAGAACUACAUUUCCCAGCUGACUCUCCUGCGCGCGCCCCUGCCUGCGCGCGGGGGGCGAGUGCACCGGGCGCUCGCUCCCUGCCGAGCUCUUGUAGCCCGCCCGAGCCUUUGCCAGGGGAUGAGGUGGGAGGCGCUAGAAACCACUUAGCUACAGCCAACCGCCCAAUGCAGCACUCGCUCGCUCCCCCCGCCAGCGGAAGCGCCCGCGGAGCACAAUGCAGCACUGAGCCGCGGUGGAGGUUGCAGCGCCACGGCCGCCGCAGCACCGGCCGGGGCUGGGUGGAGGUGGCCGCGAGGACCCCGGGGGCGCGGAGCGAGGGAAACGGACUCGGCGGCGCCGGCAUGAGGAGCUGAGCGUCUCGGGCGAGGCGGGCUGACGGCAGCACCAUGCAGGCGGCGGUGGCUGUGUCCGUGCCCUUCUUGCUGCUCUGUGUCCUGGGGACCUGCCCUCCGGCGCGCUGCGGCCAGGCAGGAGACGCCUCAUUGAUGGAGCUAGAGAAGAGGAAGGAAAACCGCUUCCUGGAGCGCCAGAGCAUCGUGCCACUGCGCCUCAUCUACCGCUCGGGCGGCGAAGACGAAAGUCGGCACGACGCGCUCGACACGCGGGUGCGGGGCGACCCCGGUGGCCGGCAGUUGACUCAUGUUGACCAAGCAAGCUUCCAGGUUGAUGCCUUUGGAACGUCAUUCAUUCUCGAUGUCGUGCUAAAUCAUGAUUUGCUGUCCUCUGAAUACGUAGAGAGACACAUUGAACAUGGAGGCAAGACUGUGGAAGUUAAAGGAGGAGAGCACUGUUACUACCAGGGCCAUAUCCGAGGAAACCCUGACUCAUUUGUUGCAUUGUCAACAUGCCACGGACUUCACGGGAUGUUCUAUGACGGGAACCACACAUAUCUCAUUGAGCCAGAAGAAAAUGACACUACUCAAGAGGAUUUCCAUUUUCAUUCAGUUUACAAAUCCAGACUGUUUGAAUUUUCCUUGGAUGAUCUUCCAUCUGAAUUUCAACAAGUAAACAUUACUCCACCAAAAUUUAUUUUGAAGCCAAGACCAAAAAGGAGUAAACGGCAGCUUCGUCGAUAUCCUCGUAAUGUAGAAGAAGAAACCAAAUACAUUGAACUGAUGAUUGUGAAUGAUCACCUUAUGUUUAAAAAACAUCGGCUUUCCGUUGUACAUACCAAUACCUAUGCGAAAUCUGUGGUGAACAUGGCAGAUUUAAUAUAUAAAGACCAACUUAAGACCAGGAUAGUAUUGGUUGCUAUGGAAACCUGGGCGACUGACAACAAGUUUGCCAUAUCUGAAAAUCCAUUGAUCACCCUACGUGAGUUUAUGAAAUACAGGAGGGAUUUUAUCAAAGAGAAAAGUGAUGCAGUUCACCUUUUUUCGGGAAGUCAAUUUGAGAGUAGCCGGAGCGGGGCAGCUUAUAUUGGUGGGAUUUGCUCGUUGCUGAAAGGAGGAGGCGUGAAUGAAUUUGGGAAAACUGAUUUAAUGGCUGUUACACUUGCCCAGUCAUUAGCCCAUAAUAUUGGUAUUAUCUCAGACAAAAGAAAGUUAGCAAGUGGUGAAUGUAAAUGCGAGGACACGUGGUCCGGGUGCAUAAUGGGAGACACUGGCUAUUAUCUUCCUAAAAAGUUCACCCAGUGUAAUAUUGAAGAGUAUCAUGACUUCCUGAAUAGUGGAGGUGGUGCCUGCCUUUUCAACAAACCUUCUAAGCUUCUUGAUCCUCCUGAGUGUGGCAAUGGCUUCAUUGAAACUGGAGAGGAGUGUGAUUGUGGAACCCCGGCCGAAUGUGUCCUUGAAGGAGCAGAGUGUUGUAAGAAAUGCACCUUGACUCAAGACUCUCAAUGCAGUGACGGUCUUUGCUGUAAAAAGUGCAAGUUUCAGCCUAUGGGCACUGUGUGCCGAGAAGCAGUAAAUGAUUGUGAUAUUCGUGAAACGUGCUCAGGAAAUUCAAGCCAGUGUGCCCCUAAUAUUCAUAAAAUGGAUGGAUAUUCAUGUGAUGGUGUUCAGGGAAUUUGCUUUGGAGGAAGAUGCAAAACCAGAGAUAGACAAUGCAAAUACAUUUGGGGGCAAAAGGUGACAGCAUCAGACAAAUAUUGCUAUGAGAAACUGAAUAUUGAAGGGACGGAGAAGGGUAACUGUGGGAAAGACAAAGACACAUGGAUACAGUGCAACAAACGGGAUGUGCUUUGUGGUUACCUUUUGUGUACCAAUAUUGGCAAUAUCCCAAGGCUUGGAGAACUCGAUGGUGAAAUCACAUCUACUUUAGUUGUGCAGCAAGGAAGAACAUUAAACUGCAGUGGUGGGCAUGUUAAGCUUGAAGAAGAUGUAGAUCUUGGCUAUGUGGAAGAUGGGACACCUUGUGGUCCCCAAAUGAUGUGCUUAGAACACAGGUGUCUUCCUGUGGCUUCUUUCAACUUUAGUACUUGCUUGAGCAGUAAAGAAGGCACUAUUUGCUCAGGAAAUGGAGUUUGCAGUAAUGAGCUGAAGUGUGUGUGUAACAGACACUGGAUAGGUUCUGAUUGCAACACUUACUUCCCUCACAAUGAUGAUGCAAAGACUGGUAUCACUCUGUCUGGCAAUGGUGUUGCUGGCACCAAUAUCAUAAUAGGCAUAAUUGCUGGCACCAUUUUAGUGCUGGCCCUCAUAUUAGGAAUAACUGCGUGGGGUUAUAAAAACUAUCGAGAACAGAGACAGUUACCCCAGGGAGAUUAUGUAAAAAAGCCUGGAGAUGGUGACUCUUUUUAUAGCGACAUUCCUCCCGGAGUCAGCACAAACUCAGCAUCUAGUUCUAAGAAGAGGUCUGCUUUUCUGUCGCAUUUUCAGAUUUCUACCUGUUCCAUCACACAUUAUUCCAUUAGUCAGAACAUUUCAUUAUUUUGCAGCAGGUCAAAUGGGCUCUCUCAUUCUUGGAGUGAAAGGAUUCCAGACACAAAACAUAUUUCAGACAUCUGUGAAAAUGGGCGACCUCGAAGUAACUCUUGGCAAGGUAACCUGGGAGGCAACAAAAAGAAAAUCAGAGGCAAAAGAUUUAGACCUCGGUCUAAUUCAACUGAGUAUUUAAACCCAUGGUUCAAAAGAGACUAUAAUGUAGCUAAGUGGGUAGAAGAUGUGAAUAAAAACACUGAAGGACCAUACUUUAGGACUUUAUCUCCUGCCAAGUCUCCUUCUUCAUCAACUGGGUCUAUUGCCUCCAGCAGAAAAUACCCUUACCCAAUGCCUCCACUUCCUGAUGAGGACAAGAAAGUGAACCGACAAAGUGCCAGGCUAUGGGAGACAUCCAUUUAAGAUCAACUGUUUACAUGUGAUACAUCGAAAACUGUUUACUUCAACUUUUAUAGAAACCCAGGCUCAUGGAAUCACUGCAAAUCUAUCUGCUCUUCAGACAAUACGAAGACCCUCUGAGAUGCUACAGAGGAGAGGAAGCAGAGUUUCACAUCUGGUUACCAUUUUCUUUUUGUCAUUGGCUUAGGAUUUAACUGAACCAUGAAAAGAACUACUGAAAUAUUACACUAUAACAUGGAACAAUAAAGGUACCGGUAUGUUAAUGGAUAAUCCGCAUGACAGAUAAUAUGUAGAAAUAUUCAUAAAGUUAACUCACAUGACCCAAAUGUAGCAAGUUUCCUAAGGUACAAUAGUGGAUUCAGAACUUGACGUUCUGAAGCACAUCCUCACUGUAAACAGUAAUGCUAUAUGCAUGAAGCUUCUGUUUAUUGUUUUCCAUAUUUAAGGAAACAACAUCCCAUAAUAGAAAUGAGCAUGCAGGGCUAAGGCAUAUAGGAUUUUUCUGCAGGACUUUAAAGCUUUGAAAGGCCAAUAUCCCAUAGGCUAACUUUAAACAUGUAUUUUUAUUUUUGUUUUGUUUUUUACUUUUCAUAUUUAUAUUAGCAUACAAGGACAAUUGUAUAUAUGUAACAUUUUUAAAAUUUUAAAAAAAUGCAGCUGUUACACACAAGUGUAUUUUGCCAAAUGCCUAAAAAUUCCGUCACAAUCACAUCAUCGUCAUCCAUCCAGUGAUCUUCAAAGACUAUAAGCAGGUAAUGUAAAUAUAGUGGUCAAUGCUGUAAAUGUGUCUCUCCAUAUUUCGUAUUUGUCCAAAACAUGUGAUAUCCCUUUAACCUGUGCACAGUCUGGAGGCAGUUUUAUUGAGUGAGUAAUUGAGUGAGAGAACAAAAUGCCCAGCAAAACUUCUGGCCUCCACAGUUUGCUGAUGCAGGAGCCCACUCUGCUGCCGAUGGGCUGCUCCCUGGAAAUCAUCUGUCCCAUCCAUCCAUCCCAUCUCAUCCCAGUGAGCCAGCCCCUCAGCAGUGUGUGCUGCUGAGAUUAAGCAAGUGCACCAAAGACACAUGAGACAACGUACUGCCAGUGAGCUGGUAGCUUCUGGUUUGCCAAUACUCUAACCCUUUGUGGCCUGAAGUUUUGUUCCUUGGCAAAACUUUUUAGUCACCCUUAUCUGUGAAAUGAAUGACUUGUUUUAACAAAAACAACUUUGACACUGUUGAUUAAGAAUAUUUGUCAUCACUGGGAUGUGAAUCCCAACAAGUCAUUCUGCACUGACUCUGAAGCAAGAUGACGGAAGAUUCUACUGUUUGAGUUGAGCAGCUUCAACCAUUCAUAAAGGGUUAAGUUAGAUCUAAACCACAGAGAUGCAGCAACUGCGAAGUUACACUAACAGCUGGUGGGGGAAAGAAUCUGAUGCUUUGAAACAUAUAUUUUUUAAUCCAUAGGAAAAUAAGAUUCUAUUUUAAAAGACCCUUCUUUAAAACCAAAGUUUGAUAGCUGUUAUAAUGGCAGAUCUGUCAUUCCAAAAGAAAGCUAGCUACCCUAGUGAGGCUGGAGAUUGAUGGGCUCAAUCACAUGGUCUGCUCUGAAGUAUACUUCUGAUUUCCUCAUUUGCUGUGUGUUCUUAAGAGGAAUGGAAUCUGCAGACAGGUUUUCAGAUAUACUCUCUAAAUUUGAUCCUCUCCCAUAGUAUCCAUGGACAAAAUCCAUAUCAUCUUCAUAUGUAAUCAAUUUGAUUACAUAUCAUGCCCAAACUGAAGGGCCGAGUUAGAAGGCAGCAUUUUAUACUGUGUGUUUAUGUCUUCUGUAAUGGACCUCUCUUUUGAAAGUCUUUGAAAUGUUUGGAAAGCAAUUUAAUGAUCCAAAAUUACAUAAUGUAAAACAGCAUUUUUCAUGACAGGAAGGGAUGUGAUUGUUGAUAUGACCAUAAAGCGAUCCAUCAGGCCAAGGUUUGGGUGAGUGUUGGGCAGUGUUGCCACAUAGCUCAAGCCAAGAACAGAAGGGCAGACAGAUUGAAAGAUGUAGCAAAUAAAGUGACUUUUUACCAAGAUCACUGUAACGUGCACUGAAUGUUUCCUGGUACUGAGUGUACAAAAGGCUAAUGCUAUAAGGUUUAUUUUGACUAUAAAAGAGUUUAUAGAUUUGAAUAUAAGGUGCCUCAUGUAAAUAUGCUUCCUAGUUACAGGUACACAAACUCUAAUUUGAAAGAAUCCACAAAUGGCUAGCUGAGAAGUUAACAGAUCUCUAUCAUUCGUCUGUGUGUCUUUCUUCCCUCACCUCAGUUAUUUUUACAUGAAAUUAUUAUUUCAAAUGAAAAUCAUGAUCAUGUGCCUUUUGGGAGACAUGGUUGCUCUAGAGGUAUAUAGUUUGUAAUUACCCUCCUUGGUAAUAACCUUCCUGUGGAACUGAAUAAAAAUUUUUCUGUUUUAUUUGUAGAGAUUAUGAUUUGAGGUAUACAGUAACUUUAAUGUUCUAUUCUUGGAAUCUACUCUAUCUCCCAUGUUUAAACAUUCUUAGAGCCAUUUGUGGGAUUCACUGACAAAUUUAUAGUCUCAAGGGAGAGUUUCAAGAAGUAUCUAUAUGUAUACUCAUGGUUGGGGUUCUAGAGGCAUUACAUCUAAAUAUUUAUGACUUUUCAUCCACCGAGGUAGGUAGCAUUAAAUAUACAAGCACAGCAUUAUUUCUCUUUAAAUAUCUAUUUUGGAGAGAAACUUUGAGGCCGUAUCACAGUUUAUAUCAUGCAACUAAUAUUUAUAUUUCCCAAUCCACUACAAAAUCAUUGCUAAGCAGAAGAGAGCAGUUAUUUGGCCUUUAUGUUCCAUUGUAUGCCUUUUUCCCCUCUUCCAGUUUUAUGCAUUGAUAAGACUACAGAUUGGCACCCUGCUGCCUGAGAAGUUCCAUUUAUCCAUAGUCAUUGCAGUGCAGUAAACCCUGAUUUAAAAGAACAUUUAAAUCUCUCCAGUAAGUGUCAACAGGAAGGCAUGGGAUAGCAGAGACUCCUUAUGGAGUGGACUGGCCACAUGAACUGUCCUCCAGCCACUCUUUAUUUAGAUGGGAAGUGGCAUGGUCCUCUGAACGCUGCAGGCUGGAAAUGAUCCCCAGGGCACAUGCAAUCUGUGGAAAGGAAUACAUCGGACAGUGCAACAUGGUGAGGGCUUUCAAUUUGCUGUGGUUGCUGUAUGUUUAACAAGACACCCGGAGCUUCGAUUAGGAAUAACCUAUCAUUAGAGUUGUUCCUUUAAAAAAUGUUGAUGAAUAAAGCAAAUGUGGGUUUAAAAUGCCAACUUAUUUUUCACUUUGAUAUUGGUGCUUUAUUAAGUGAUACCAUAGUUUCUCUCUCUUUUCCCUGUUACUUUAAAAAGAAUUUUAAAAUUGUGUUUGUAUGUAAGGUCAGUCUGGCAUAGAAUUUCUGAAAGUAACAUUAAUAGGAUUUCUAAAGAAGACGUCAGAAAGACAAAAUUGGAUAUUCUGUGCACUUUCAGAGAAGGACUAUUUAUGUUUGAAUUUCAUAACAGGCUUACAUUUCUUUUCUAUUGAUUCCCUUGCAUAUCUACAUAAUUUAAUCCUGUCUAUUGUCCCAGAUCUCUUGUGGCUACUUUACCUGUUACCUUUUUUGGGAUUUUGUUCUUUAUGUUUUACAGUUACCUUUGGACCAGAAGAUAUAUGGUAUUUUUAUUCACUUUUUUCAGUGUUUUAAAAUAAGGUUUGUUCAUUUAUUCAUUUUAUCCAUUCAUUUCCUAUUGUCGUAUAGUUCUAACCAUAUAUAGAGUACUUUAAAUAUUUUCUUAUGUUAUUAUUUAACACAAUAAUAAAUUCUUAUCUAAAGAAAAGAUUAUUUUACUUUAUUUUACUUAAAGGAAAGAGAAUUUAUUGGCAGGAUAUUGAGUAGCUUGUAGAGUAUAUGGAAGGGGAGAGCCAAGUUAGGAACUGGCAGGAGCGAGGAGGGACAAGACAGCUGCCUGCACAGUCUGAUAGGACACAUCUGGCUGCUGCCACUGGAUGCCCACAUGGGCAGCGUGUUGUAAAUAUCACCCUACCAGUUGGUAAGUUGGCAUGAAUUUUCCAUGAAACACUUGACUCCCAUUUGCAGCAUCAUAUCUACUUUUUAUGCACCUAAUUAUAUUUUUCCUUUCACUUUUAUGUUUUUUUUUUCCCUAAAACUGCCACCUAAAUACCUUUCCACUCCGUUAAAUGUAUGGAGUCAAGAUAAAUUUCUCAUUCUUGCUCUACAGUUUAAGAUGUAUAAGAAGUAAACACUUCCAUGGAAUAGGGCUUAAUUUGGGGCUCAAAUGUUUUGUUUUCCUCCUGAGAUGUUUUUGAAUGGGUAAGACUACUCUGGUUUUGGAUGCAGCAACUUUUCUCCUGGCAUGGAAGAACUAAGGACUUUGAUAAACAGUUUCCCAUUGAUAGUAUAAUAUAAUGAGGGGCCCAGUCUGCUCUUGUGAAAAUUGGCUGAGCGGCAGCAGCCCAUCCCAGCUGUGUGUGAGUAGCUCUGCUGUUAAAAGUACACCUGCUGGGAAUUGUUGGCACAUGCUCAUAGCAUAUGCUCUGUGGGGGAGGUGCUUUUAAUUCCAAGAGGAGCUUUUCUCCCACAUCUGCAGAUGCAGAGCAAAGAUGCAGCAGGACUUUAGAAAACAGGAGUGUUUCUACUGACAUUUUAUUCAUUGCUUUGUUAGUCCCGCAAAUGGAGCAACUUCUGGUUGUUUGUAAGCAGAAAAACAAAACAUUCAAAACCAAAAACCUAAUUAGUACUUUUGUCCUUUAUAUCCCUAGGAUGCCCUAGGGAGUAGAGGUGGCAGGCAUCUUUAUCUUCACCCACUGGCACAUUAGCAGCUUAUGUAACUUAGGAAGUCACUGGGAGAUGAGUCCUAAAAGCCUGAAUUUCAGGAUGGGGAGGAGAUAAGAAGCAGAGAACUUUGGGAGACCAUGGGGCAUUUAGUCCUGGCAUAGACACAGAAUGGAUAUUCACAGGAAGAUUCCUGAGGCCAGAUAUGCAGGAGAGCACACAUUGUCACAAGGGGUGUGGUGGGAAGAGAGGUGCUGGAUGCCUCAGACAGACUUCUGUGCUUGGCAGAUUGACUGAGUGUUGACUCUGAAUACUUUGUGGUCCAGUCCAUAAUAGGCCAGUCACUCCUGCCUGAUGCAUCCCUGUUGCACUGUUCAUAGAACCUGUAUCAUAUGGGGAAGCUUCAAGGCUGGUAGGCUUUUCAUCAAGUAAUCAUCAUUCCAUGUUCCUACGUAUCCUUGAAAUCAAAACCAGGCAAUAUGUGUGUUUUUGGUUUUGUUUUACAAAAAGGCAUACAAUGAGACGAAUUCUUAAGAUAAUGCACAUACAGAAUCAUCAAUAAAGUUUCAAAGAGUUUAUGGAGAAAAGGUAUUUUCCUUUCUUGUAAAAAAUAUGUUAUAUAUAUAUAAUAUGCUGAUCUGCAUUCACCUUAGGGCUUAGCCUCUUAUUUUAUGAAUUUUCAGGCUGUGAUUUGUGUUGGAUGGUUAAGCUCUAAAAUAAUGCAAAUAGCCCUAAUCUUUAAAUAUAGCGGUGCUAAGUUGAACAAGUAACACAAUACAGAAAAUGCUGAUAUGAAUACUUAGUAAUAAUACAAAAGUUCCUGCUAAAUUAUAUAUGUGUAUCACUGCCUGACUAGAAACCCCACUUUUCUUUUCUAAUCCAGCACAAAAUCAAACUCUGAUUCUACAACCAGUCUUUUUAAAGGGCAAAAAUGACUCAACACCUUUGUUUUGUAUGGAAAACUUUUUUUUUUACACUAACUGCAAAAGUGCUUUAAAAAAAAGGCUUAUUCAGGAUAGAUAAGCAUGUACUCCUUUUUUAACUUGCUGGAAGACUUGCCCCUCCAAACUAGCACCCCCAAAAGACAACUUCUUUCAGAAACGGGGUGUUUUACCUAAACAUAGUAGCUUACAUGUUAGCCAGCAGUAGGUCGGCACUAGUGUUUUCCACGGUUAUCACCUUUGACAGGUGAUGUGCAUCUAUAGAUAGUGGAAGCCACCCCAUGGGGAGGUGUUAAUAGCAGCAUGGUUUCACUUUUGGUAAUCAGGUAAUCAUGUGUAUAUACUUAGAUUCGCAUUAUUUUAACAUUUCUCUGCUACUCUGCACUUCAGGUUCGUUAAGCUAUUUUAAUAAUUACUGGGGUUAUGGCAAACACCAAUGGAAAUGUAUAUGGCAACUGCUUUCCUGAGCAAGUGUGAUUUGUUUUAUGGCUGUUCAAGUUAUAAAAUUGUUCUUACAUUGUAGGUAAACAAAAUCUUGAUGUUUUUAAAGGUCACUGUAACUUAAGGUUCAAAUUUCUGGCACAGUUUUAUUAGUAUUCACUUCGGAAGCUAAUAAGAUACCAUGGUUUUCUAUGUUACUCCCAUUGUAACAUUAGUAAAGUGACUUUCAAUAAAAGAUUUAUGUUAUUUUGA